AUGACAAAAAGCCAGCUUAACGCAUGGGGACCAGCCGUAUCGUCCCCGGCAGAGUUGACUGUGAUUAUUGUCGGCCUAGGAAUCGCCGGGCUCACUGCCGCCAUUGAAUGUCACCGGAAGGGAUACACUGUUAUUGGCCUCGAAAAGAAGCCAGAUGCUAACCAACUAGGUGAUAUCAUCGGGCUAAGCGGCAAUAGCAUGAGGAUUCUGGCGGAGUGGAACAAUGGCUCUCUCGCACAAUUCACAGACGACGACGUCACCUGCGAUGUGACAGCACUGGAGCUUUUCGACGCCGAGGGGCACCAGAGACUUGCAAUGCCGUACAAUCCUAACAGCCCCACCCAGGGAUAUUUGUUCCGGCGAACGGGGCUUCUUACCAAGUUGUAUGACUACGCUAGCCAGCUGGGCAUUGAUCUCCGGUUCGGAGUUAACGUGGACCGCUACUGGGAAACAGACAGCAGUGCCGGUGUAUAUGCCAACAACGAGAAGAUCACAGGUGACUGCGUGGUUGCAGCCGACGGAUUUCAUAGCAAGGCCAGGGCAAGCAUUACCGGAGAAAACCCGCAGGCGGAAGACAUUGGGGUUGUCGCCUACCGGUCGAUUUUCGACGCCAAUGCGAUUGCAGAUGUGCCGGAGGCGCAGUGGAUACUGAAGAGAGCACAGACAGCAGAUAUUUGGCACACCUACUACGCUAAGGACACCAUGGUAGCGAUUGGGACGGCAGCCAGGGGCCGCUACGUGCACUGGGGCUGUGCGGUUCGUGGCGCUUUGGAGGAUAGAUCUGAAUCCUGGAUGCAGCCUGCUGCCCCCGAUCCCGUCUUGAAAUGUUUGGAGAGCUGGCCGGUGGGGGGACAGCUGGCAGCCGCUAUCGCGAGAACUCCACCGGGGAAAUGUUUCCAGCAAGCCCUCCGUGCAAUUCCGCCUUUGAAGAGAUGGGUAUCAGCUGGAGGGAGGAUGAUUGUCAUUGGUGACGCAGCGCAUUCAUUUCUCCCCUACGCAGGCCAAGGGGGCAACCAAGCAAUUGAAGAUGCAGCCGUUUUGGGUAUCUGUCUGGAGCUCGCGGGCACGCCAAAUGUGCCAUUAGCCCUGCGUGUUGUGGAGAAGCUCCGACACAGGAGAGUAUCGCUCAUCCAGAAAGGGUCGGUGGAGGCAGGAGACUGUUUCCUAGAUGCGGCCUGGGAGAGUGACAACACAGCAGAAAGACCAACGGCAUUCACCCAUCAGGCCUGGGUUUACACGCAUAACUGCGUGGAACACGCGUAUGAACAGUUUCAUGCUGCUGCUGAAGCAGUCAUAAAUGGCCGGGAAUAUACACCAACGAAUGUCCCAACAGAUGGCAAGUUCCGUCAGCAAGACGGCAAAUGUAUGUAG